GUCCACACCCUCGAUCGUGGCGCUCGGUAUCACCCCGCAAUCUCGCCCUGCCAAUGCUCUCGUGAGGCCUCUCCACGAUUGCCAAGCUGCGAGGAAAGGGACGAACACGCCCCAAUAUUUUCGAACUGACACUGAUUCCAUAAGACUUUUGCCUAAACUCCAACAUGUGGCGUACAACGGGCCUCCGCGUCUUCGCUCUACAUAUAAUCGCACAACAUCUGACCCUUGGGCAGCUCUCAGUCUUAAUAAGGCCGAAUGGAUCGGAGAAGUGUCAGACCGGAUGCGCAGUAUGCAAAGCGAUGGCCACCCUUCGAAUGCCGCCACUCGAGAGGUGUUGUCCGAGAGAAUCAUGUGUCACCAAGGCUCCGCGGUUGGGAGCCGUUACAGGCAGAAGGGAUGCACCGUCAUCUAGGACCGCAGCUCACCACUUCCCCGCCGCCAAAGAGAGCCACAGGCAGAUGCAACAAAAUGCUGGCGGUGAUCAUGAGGUUCGACCUGUGCAAUAUUCUGCGCAGAAUGCAUCGUCAUCUAGACGUAUGCGGAUGCCACCUCGUUCUGUGACAGACAUUCUGGCCGACCCAACAUCUAACAACUUGAAGACGUCUUUUGGACACAGAGGCUCAGCCUCACAAUGGGCAUCAUUUAUGCAAUCUAUAGAUGGUAUAUUCCGCGUCUGAACAGACAGAGCGAUCGAACGCA